CCCGAUUUUACUCUGAUCGAAGGUGAACCACGGGCCUCGAGGCGGAGUGUCGGCCCCAAACUACCAACGGGGCCGUCUGCUUUUUAGCCGCCGUCCACCUUCUCCCUUGAUUGCGCCCUGAUACUUUCUGUCUGUUCUCUUUGAGAGAACAUUUUCCAGUCCUUGCUUCGAUCUUUCCACGCCGUGGCGACUCGAGCUAAUCCAACGCCAAAGAGGUUACGCUUCGGCCCCCGCCAAGCCACCCAGUGUUGCUUGGGGUUUGACGGUCGUUACAGCUGCAAUCCUUCUUUUGGCAACUCAUUCGUUUCUGUAUUCAUCCGUAUUAGCAGCUACAUCCUUGCUGCUCGAGACUUCAACACAAAGAACCGGGAAAAUGACUGAAGAACCGCAGCUGGGCUCUAUCCAGGAACGGAUCGCUGCUCUUAAGCAGUCCCAGGCGGCGCAGAAUAGCGCUCAGCCGCCUCCAUUCCUCCGCCCGCCCACGGAACGAAGCAAGUCGGCGAACAUCCCUCCAUCUUACGCCGUGACUGGCUCGGUCAUAGACAAUGCCUCGAUUGGAAAUCAACCUACCAAUCUACAGACACAGAGGUCGGCCCCGCGACCUCCCCCGAGCCCCUCGCCGAAGCCAGAAUUGAAACCCAAAAAGGCCCCGCCGCCAUUGCCUACGCGCCGAUCAGAUCGCCCACCUCCCCCUCCUCCACCUAUUCGCUCCGAGUCUCCAGCGCGACAAGAAUCUCGUCCCUCUCUGCCUCCGCGUCGACCUACACAACUGUCACACCGACCAUCGCAGGAAUCGGUCUUAUCUGACGCGUCUCACUCGACAACGGCUACUAGCGUUGGACGCGGCGCUUCAACGACGUCUGUCAACUCCACCGGCAACGGCCGUAUCAAAGCUCCAGCAUGGGGUGAAACAGAGCUGCCCGUACUUCCUCCUAGGCGGCCAAAGGAAGACCCUAUCGAUUUGACGCCAACUCCACGCUCCGAGUCCAAGUUCAGCACUGCUGGAUUUACGGGGAAGCUAUCUGCCCUGCGAGGGAAGAUCCCAGGAUCUUCAUCGUCGACCUCCUCUACACCAACUCGCCCCAGUGUGCCUUCCCGUCCAUCGGCGGGGGAUCCAUCUCCCUCAGUUCCUCGACUCCCCUCGCGCCGGCCGUCUGGGGUAGAGACACAAACAAAUGGCACAAUUUGUGAAGCAGAGGAAGAAGAAGAAGCGAAGCCCAGUCUACCAGCCCGGCGCUUGCCACCACCUUCGACUGUGAACAACCUUCCAGACGCUCGAAGGUUAGGGUUUGGUGGGCUCAAUAAAAGCCCGAGCAUUCCUCCGCGGCCGAGUAGCACACCAACGGAGAAUGGUGCUACCAGCAGGGUCCCUCCGCCAGUGCCAACCGGAUCCCGGCCAGAUCUCGCCAAACUAAAUGCAACCAAGCCACGCUUCAACGGUUCCCCCGCUGGGGCUACGGUACCCGCAGGCGGACCAAGCACGGAAUGUCUGGUAUGCCGAGACUUCUCUGGUCCAGAUGCUCGCGCGGCACAGUAUCCACGAGAAACGCUCCCCACACACGAUCUGGGCUGGCUGGCAAAUGAGCUCACUGCUCCAUUCCCAUCAUUGACCGACAAGGCCAGAGUUAUCUUCACCUGGUUGCACCACAACAUCAAAUACGACGUUGUAGCCUUCUUUAAUAAUGCCGUGAAGCCGUCCACGCCGGCAAGUACACUAGCCAGCGGACUAGCAGUGUGUGAGGGCUAUGCUGCGCUGUUCGCGUUACUAGCCACGAAGGUAGGACUCGAAGCUAUCGUGGUAGGUGGCCAUGGCAAAGGAUACGGUCACACACCUCUUGCUCCUGGCCAACCCGUACCACCGUACGAUGCGGGCCAUGCCUGGAACGCAGUCAAGAUUGAUGGAGGUCAAUGGAAGCUGAUUGACCCAUGUUGGGGAGCCGGAGCGGUCAAUGGCCCUGGACAACCUUACAUCCAACGCUUCGAGCCACACAUGUUCACCAUCUCAAACGAAGAAUUUGGUCUGAAACAUUACCCGGGCAACAAGGAUCACUUCUUCCGCAGUGACGGGCGAGUAAUUAGCUGGGAAGAAUACAUCACCACGGAUCCAGACGCACCGAACGGUGGUAAGCCCCUCCAGAUCUAUUCCGAUGCCGACAAGUACAGUAUCGGCCGCAAGACCAUCUCUCCAGCCAGCGGCAAGAUCUCCAUCCACAGCAGCCAGGGUCCAAUGCGCUUCCAAUUCGGCCUACUCUGCGAGCACUGGACACUUGCUCGACACAGUCGGCAAAAAGCCGGCCUCUUCCUCCUCAUGCUACACGGGGUAGAUGGCCGCAAAGAAGAUCGUCUCCCCUUCCUCCACAUCCCUGGGACUGGCCCCGGGGGAGGCGGCGACAUGUGGUAUGUGGAUGUCGCAGAUGGACGCCAACUGGGCGCACCAGGCCAGAAAGUGCAGAUUGCGGUUUUGACGACCUUCGGUGACCGUCAUGAUUGCCGGGGUGUUACUGCCCAGGAGUAUCAGUCACAGGUUGGCCGGGUGGGAAUGUCCUGGGCGUAUAUUGCGGAGUGGACUUUGGAACGGUGAUUAAUGACUUGAUAUACCUUUAUCGCAUGGCUUUCCGGCGUUUGUCAGAACGAUAACCAGUUCGUCGGUGCAUUCAUUAUUAAUUGAAUAAUAUGAGAUUGCAUGUUCUACAUUUGCGGAAUUCUACAUCUGUUUCUGAUAGCACUGACCUGGUGAUUUUAUCAGCUCUUUAAGAAAUUCUAGAUACGAAGAGAGGGAAUCGUGGCUUUCAAAGGGGCUAUUUGAAGUCGAAUCUAACCACCUGACGAGCGUGGGCAGAGAUCAACUCCGAGAACUUCAUAAUCAGCACCCUGGGCGGUCUCAUCGACAGAAAUUGUCAAAUAAGUCGAGAGCAAUCUACUCUUAAUGGUAAAACAUUGUCAGCUUUUUCCACUCUCCAAAUAUAUAACCCUAAGAAGAAAAACUGU